AUGCCUACACCUAUCUCUCUUCAAAGGAAUAAGGAAAAGAGGAUUUGGAUGUCUGAUCCUCAGAGCCUCCCACUGGCUGCUGUUCUCCCUCCAUACCCGUCCGGCGUAGCCAACCGCUACCACUGUAUUAUGUACGUGCGCUCUGGGAGGGCGAAGGGGCAGGCAGUGGGCGGGGUGCACCGGUGGGCGCUCGUAGAACGAGGGGGUCCUUUGAGAUUGGUGGUGCUGGGCGGCCUUCGUCGGCCCAGACAGUAUCCCGGGCUCUCGCAGACCUCAGAUAAAUACGUCCAGCUGAUAAUAAAAUUACAAUCGCAGCCCUGUAUACAAGAAACUUAUUUCCACUCACCUGGUCUGUAUGCCCCUCGCCCAGAACCACAUUACAGGUCGGCAGUCUUCGACCAACCUUGUGACAACCCAAGGACUUUCAAUCACCCAGAGACGCCUUACAGGCCAACAGUCUUGGACCAGCCGUGUGACAACCCAAGACAGCCCCAUAUAAAAGAAACAUAUCUGCAUGAAUCAAAUUUUAGUCGCCCAGAACCACAUUACAGGCCAAUAUUCCAAGAUCUAUUUAGUGACAACCCAAGUACUCAGUAUUUGAAACCAACGCUGGACAUCAAAGGCACUAAAUGCAGUGACACUGUAUACAGAAACCCCCCUGUUUGGGCCGAUUCGCCUUUCGCAGGGCUACAAAACUUACCUACCGUCGACGAUAUUUUUAGAAAAAACAAAAAAAAGAAGAACAAACGUGAUAUUAAAAAAGAGAAUGCUGUGACUCGCCAUAUAGAGGAGAUAAGAAGGAAGCAGAAUAAGAUCGACAAGAUAGACAAUGAUGAUUCCAUGAAAACACAGCUGAACAUCCCAGGCAUGGUAUCCAGUAAAACCGUAUACAGAACAUCUCCUGUUUGGGCUGCCCCAAACACCUACCUACCGCACCCACCUACUGCAGGGCCUGCCCCUGAUGAGCCUUAUGGACCGACUAAAGCAAGGGUGAAAUACUGUGAUUUUAGAAGUGCGAAUUCUGUAUCUCAGCAUCUAGAUGAGCUAAAAAGGAAGCAGAGCAAGAUUAAGAAAGUUACCUGGGGAGAUAGCGGCACACCUAGCAGGACCAGUGCGCAGACGGAGAUGCCCUUCUAUCACAGUUCUCCUAUAGAGGAUUUUCCAAAGACAGAAGAUAUGAAUUUCUUUUCCUUCAACAGCUCAACACCCAUCAGUCAGGCCGAGGACCUGUUCCCAUGGCAAAGCCCCCCCUGGAGAGCUGCCUUGCGCUAAUCUAGAGCCAACAAUGAUGUGGUCCUGGCCCUACACAACUGAGGAAUAGUUACCCUUUCUCCUCUCGCUGCCAGGAGUGCCAGCAGCACCAACUGGCAUAAAGGCCAUGGGUUAUGUUUCAAAUAUUGUUACUGCAAAUGUAAAAUACAAGUUGUGACUGUCCUUUUAAUGUUCCAGUUAAAGGCAAAGAACGUAUCAGCCAUUUCCCACAGUGACUUAGUAAAGCGUUACCCCCGGCAGGGCAACAAGCGACGUGCAGCAGCUCCGCUGUGUUUCAUAGGCUUGCAGUAUGUAGUUGCAAUGUGUAGUUCUACUGUUCCAUUCCAUGUUGCUCAGGCCAAGCCUGCAUUCAGUGGGCUCUCUCCACUGGGUGUCAUACACACAGGCACCCCUCUAUUCCACUGGGUGUCAUACACACAGGCACCAUCUAUUCCACUGGGUGUCAUACACACAGGCACCCCUCUAUUCCACUGGGUGUCAUACACACAGGCACCAUCUAUUCCACUGGGUGUCAUACACACAGGCACCAUCUAUUCCACUGGGUGUCAUACACACAGGCACCAUCUAUUCCACUGG